AUGCACCUAGUUCUAGAAGUGUCUCCAGCUAUUAGAAAACUUCUACUAGCAAAAGGUUUCGUCUACGUAGGAUGGAAGAGGUGCAGCGUAGUUGAUCACCUCAAUAUUAUGCACUGCCGAAAAUGCUGUUCAUUUGGUCACCUUGAGAAGAACUGUGCAUCUAAUUCCACUGCUACCUUCUUGAUGAGGUUCCUCAAGGACCAAUGUUCAUUGAAAACAAGUGAGAAGGAGCAAAGCGGUAAUUGA